AUGAACUCCACAAUGCUCCGCACCAGCGCAGCCCGCUCGGCCCUCCGCGCCGCUGCUCCCAAAUCAAGCACUCGAGCCGGUCUCGCAGGCACCACCUUUGUCCGCGGCAAAGCAACACUGCCAGACCUUUCAUAUGACUACGGCGCCCUCGAACCCGCCAUCAGCGGCAAAAUCAUGGAGCUCCACCACAAGAACCACCACAACACGUACGUGACAUCGUACAACAACUUCAGCACGCAGCUUGAGGAGGCAAAGGCCAAGUCCGAUAUCGCCGCCCAGAUUGCGCUGCAGCCCCUUAUCAACUUCCACGGCGGCGGCCACAUCAACCACACCCUCUUCUGGGAGAAUCUGGCACCCACUAACCAGGGCGGUGGCGAUCCCCCAACUGGAAAGCUCGCUCAGGCUAUCAACGAGAGCUACGGUAGCCUUGACAGCUUCAAGGAGAAGUUCAACACUGCUUUGGCUGGCAUCCAAGGAUCUGGCUGGGCAUGGUUGGUACAGGACACCCAGACCGGAAAUGUGCAGAUCAGGACAUACGCAAACCAGGAUCCCGUUGUGGGUCAAUUCCGUCCCAUCUUGGGUGUUGACGCUUGGGAGCACGCGUACUACCUUCAAUACCAGAACCGCAAGGCCGAGUACUUCAAGGCCAUCUGGGACGUCAUCAACUGGAAGGCCGCCGAAAAGCGCCUCAAGUAG